GUUAUUGAUUUUUAAUAGCGGCGUUAUGGAAACAUCCUGUAUGCUAUGUCAUUAGGUCUUUAUCCACAUCUUUAAAACUUUACAUCCACUAGGACUUAACCAGAAAUAUGGCUAAAGUUAAAUACACCAAGAGGAAAAACCCAGAUGACCCAAAUAAUCCGCAACCAAAAGCCAACAUCACCUGCAACAGAUGUGAACGGAAAUUCAAGGAUUUAAGCAAUUUAAAGAGACACUUCAAUCUCACCCACAAUCCAACGAUCACAAGAUAUUACUGUGAGAUAUGUAAAAAAUCGUACUGCCGUAAAGAUGUUGUAAGGAGACAUAUUAUAAAGGAUCCACAAACGGAAUACAGUGAUUCUUUAAUAUUUACAUGUUCAAAUCCACGUGAAACAGCAGAGAAACCGAAGAAAUAUGUUCCGCCAUUCGAGAGCCGCCCAAAAUCAACUAAGACCCCUAUCUUCAGAAUUAAACCAGCAAACAAAUAUCAAGCAAGUUCACUAUUAAAGUCCGCAUCCAAUGAAUCUACAAAAACUGUCUGCCAAGAUGAAUUACCGGAGUCCUUACCUGUAAAGUCCGCAUCCAAUGAAUCUACAAAAACUGUCUGCCAAGAUGAAUUACCGGAGUCCUUAAAAAAUAGAACAAUAACCAUCCACGGAAUUUAUGGACUGUUUAAUUAAUCAUUAAGCAUAAAUAAUGUAAUGUAAAGUUUUGUGACAAUUUCACACAAUUAUGGUUGUUAAAUUAUUAAUGUAAAGAUUCUAGUCCGCAAGUUGUUAUGACGUCUGCAUUUUUUAUUUACAGA